AUGAGCGUCGAGGGUCUUCUCAGGGGCGGUUGCACCUGCGGUCGUAAUCGUUACAUCAUCCAAUUCCCCAAAGAUCCGCAUCCGACAAGCCAGGUUACUCAAGUGCUAUUCCAUUCACAUCCACCACGGCGCUCAUCCCACGCAACAGCAACGCCCUACCUCCGGGUUCCGCUCCCAUGGUACCACAGCACCACGUUGCCUCUGUUCCCGGACGAGACCAAUUCCCAAAUCCACCGCGUAUAUGUGCCGCCGCACGCGCAGCACACAAUGCGCCACUUCUGCGGCUUCUGCGGCACCCCGCUCUCGUUCUGGUCCGAAGAACCGCGUGACGAGGCUGACUUCAUUCACCUCGCGCUGGCGAGCUUGUCGCCGCGGAGCUUGACGGAUUUGGAGGCCGAGUGGGAUGCGGAUCUCGAAGAUAUAGGUGUCUUGCCUGGGUUCGAUAGUGAGGAUGACGAGGGGGGGGAGCAGAUCUCGGCACCGGUGGAUAAAUCUGAGAUGUGUGACGCCUCGUCAGGACUGGAUACAGGUACAAGUACACACAACAGGGCCGUCAGACUGGGUACGUUCCGGACGUUGAUGGGUUGGGGUUCGAAUCGGUCGGGUACGGUGAGGGUGGAAUGGGAGGUCAUCGAAUGGUCUGAUGAUGGAACCGCGGAAAAUCCGCUGAAGCGGAAGCUUGAUGAUGUCGAGGGCGCUGCUGGGGUUGGGGAUAUGGAGGGGUUGGAACAAUAA